GAUCGUUAUUUCAUGCAUUGUGAUGGCUUUUACAAAUAACAAUAUUCGGUGGUUCCCUUCUGUACGAUGUAUGAGCUUGUUUGCUGUUGUCACGCAUGAAAAAAUAUGUGUUCAAAACAAAAUAGAAAUGGAGGGUCCGAGUAAAUCCACUGAAGAUAUACCCGAUCCAGAUUUCUUCAAUAAUAUUAAAGUUGCCAUUGAGAAAGAGCUCGAUAAGUUGAAGAAAAUUGUUAAUAAUAUCAACCAAAUGAGAGUGGAAGCGGCUUAUUUGGAAUCUGACCUGGUGCUGAUGAUUGAUGCGUCUACAUGGCAAGAUAUUUCCGAACUCAUUGGGAUUGGAAUAUCUCCCAUGACUGAUGUCACAAUAAAAGAAGAAAAUAAAUAAAUACAAAUAAAGUAAAUACUGUUUGAUUUAUAAUAUCUUUCGAACUGUUUAUGUUUAGUACAUUACUCAAUUUUAUUAUAAUAACAAAAAUUAA